AUGAGACCCCUUAGAUUAACACAAUUUCACUUAUUACACCUUAACACAGAAAAGACAAAAGCUAGAGCUCAAAACGCUGUUUAUUGGCCAGGACUUACAAGCGACAUUAUUAAACUAAUACUCAACUGCCAUAAAUGCCUCAAAUAUCGUAAUAACAACAAAAAGGAAAAAAUUAUUCAACACGACAUUCCUGACUUACCGUGGAGUAAAGUAGGAUCAAACAUAUAUGAGCUGCAUAGAAAAAUCUAUGUAAUUAUUAUAGACUACUUUUCUAAGUUUAUAGAAAACAGUAUCAUUCCUGACAAAACGGCAUUUUCUGUAAUCAAACUUAUGAAAACCAUUUUUACUUGUCACGUAAUACCUUCAAGUCUCAUUGCCAAUAACUUCUUAAAAGAAUAUGGGUUCAACUUUACUCCACCAAGCUCAAACUACCCCCAAUCAAAUGGUCUCAGUGAAACGGGCGUGAAAAUUAUGAAGAAAAUACUAAAAAAAUGCGAUAACUUCGAACUUGGUUUUUUCAGAAUACCUCAACAUGCCUCUCACUGGUAUGGAUUACUCUCCAUCCCAACUUCUCAUGAACAGAAGAAUGCGAACAACCCUACCUGUCUACCUUGA